GGUACAGUGUUCUAAGUCUUAUGAAUACUGUACCAUCAAAGAAAGUGUGGAAGGAAACAGAAUAACAUGGUGUAAUUAAAUGGCAGCCUCCAUUGUGCAGAGAUGGGCAGAGGCAACAAUAGAACCAUUCGCCCACAUAUUCAUCUCCUUGGUGUAAGGCGUCACUGUUCUGUUCCCUGUUAAAAACAAGCUCAGAAAUGUCAUCAGGGAAGGAAGUGUGCAAAGUUGUUAUGGAAACGAGAAUGCUUUGGCUCUGAGUUAUUUACAGAGCACUUGAAGGAUUACCCCAGUCAACAAAAUCCACCCCAGUUAAGCCUCAGCCUGGCAUGUACUCUGCCAUCCCAUGCCAUUCUUGAAGGCUCUGGUGAUCAGCUCUGCCUUCUGGGAAUAAGGAUGAAGCCAAGAACAAGCAAAAGCAAAAUCAGGAUAUUCAUCUCUUUUGAAGGAACUUAUGAACCUUUUGAUGUUGGGGGGGAAGACACAGUAGAAACCCUAAAGCUGAUGAUAAACAAUCACUUCCAUGUUCCUUUAACUGAGGACAAACGAGGAAAGAGCUAUCUACAAUUGAUGUAUGCUGGUGCUGAGUUAAAUGACAACUGGAAUCUUGCUGAUAUAGGAGUAUCAGUUGGUUCAAAUCUCAAGUGCUUGGUCAAGAAAGAAAGCAAACCAAUCCUCCACAUCUUCAAUUCAGUAACCCAAGAAACAAUGCCAAUAAAGGAAAGCAUUUACCUUCUGAGUAAAAAAGUAUCCUACCUGAAAACACUGAUAACACUAAGAUGUGGCUUUCCAGUGAGUAUCUUUUGUCUUCGGACUCCUCAAGGAAGGGAGAUGUAUGACUGUAACACACUGCUUGAUUACCAAACAGAGAUAGGAACAACACUUCACCUAGAUGUAUGGGAUGAAUGGAAAGAAUUUCUGAUUGGUUGUCUGCAAGGACAAACAGUUACAGUCAAACGGUAUCUCUCAGAAGAGGAACCAGUACUCAGGUACCAGAAGAGGGUAGCACUUUAUCUGGCUGCAUUUUAUGGCUAUGUUGAGCUCACAGAGUGGACCCUACGGCAAGGAGCAAAGCCCAAUGAAGCAGUUGGUGUACAUCCCUAUCGAGAAUGGUGUCAUGAAAAUCAUCACCCAGAUACUAUUAAAUGUCCCAUUCAUGCAGCUGCAGAAACAGGUCAAUUAUUGAUACUUAAGGCCUUCAUCAAUUACAAUGUCCUGUGCCUGGUCUGCAAAAAUGCAGUGGGAGAAAUCCCACUGACGAUUGCCCUCAAAAACAGGCAUAAAGAUUGUGUGUUAUACUUGGUGUCAAAGAUGUGGUCCACAAUUUCUUAUUCUAAAAUUUCAGUCCCCAUGAGGAUCUAUGUUAAAAUCAAACAAUGGCUUCUCAGAGCUCAGCAUCGCAUCCUACAAAGAACAGGGCAGAUCAGGAUUCAUGCAUUCAGGACUCGAGUUGGAGAUUUUGUCAUGGUGGAUGGUUUUACCCAACCAAAAAUGACCUCCAAGGAAUGGAGUAAAUCUAGGAGCAAGGACACAAAAAGCAAAGUUUCCAAAUUGCCAAGUGUCCAUGAUAAAAUUCCAAUGAAGAAAACUGGGCAUCCUUCAACAGUUCCACGGCAACAGAAAAGUAUAGAAAGCAUAAAACUGCCUCCAAUAGAACAAACAAAGGAGUUCUCAAGUUUACAAGAAUUUCGCUCAAGCAAUCCAAAAAAAAAGAUAACGACGUAUAGAAAGAAGGAAAUUAAUACAAAAAAUCUAUAUUCAGACCAAAUUCCUCUUCCUUUACUUGCUUUGAAGAACUAUACACAUCAUCCUCCCUUUUGCUAUAAAACACCUAAAGCAGCUUGUUUCUUAAGUUCCUCCCUUCAAUCUUUCUUGGAACACAGUGGGAAGACUACGAGAGAGAAUGCAAUCCACUGCUUAGCUACAGCAAGUGCAUUUAAAGAAAAACCAUGGCUGCAGCAGUUAGAGAUUGCAAAAACUAUGGCAAAGAAGAGUAUUUAUAAUCUGACUACUGAAGACAUGACUACAAAAUCAAGAUCCUCAAGAAGUUUUUCUUUGAGAAAUGAAAACCCAACUCAAUGGUGACUCUAUCAAAGUGCACACAUAACCCUUCAUUUCUAAUGCCAGCAAACCUGGCCCAAUAGCAGGGAGGAAGGGCUUAUAAGCAGGUACACCUCUAUUGUAUCAAUAAAAAUCUUCCCAAAACAUAUUUCUACAUCGGUAGACCCCAAGAUAGCUUCAAAAAUACCCUCCUGGUUAGCCUAUCCUGUCAGUGAGAUGGAAACUUUCUUAAAAGACUCAAAAGGAGUUCUGAAGCAGGUGUUAUUGAUGCCCACCAACCUGAAGUCCAUUAAUAAUCCCCUCAUUUAUUAAAGCAGCAAAGAGUUAACAGCAUGGGCAUAGCACUAGAGUAGCUGAAAUCAAAGAAACCCAAUUUUUUAAUAAGAAAAUUCUCUGACAAAAGGUUUAAUUUCCCAAAGAUAUAAGGAACUAAGUCAAAUUUACAAAAAAGCAAGUCAUUCUCUAGUUGACAAAUGAUCAAGGGCUAUUAAUAAGCAGUUUUCAGAUUAGGAAAUCAAAAUUAUCAAUAAUCACAUGAAAAAGUGUUCUAAAUUCCUCCUGAUUACAAAAAUGCAAAUUAAAACAACUCUGUUUUACCACCUCACACCUAUCAGAUUGGCCAAUAUGACGGCAAAGGAAAAUAAUAAAUAUUGGAGGGGAUGUGGCAAAAUUGGGAUGUUAAUGCACUGCUGGUGUAGUUGUGAAUGGAUCUAACCAUUCUGGAAGGCAAUCUGGAAUUCUGUGCAAAGGGCUCUAAAAUAAUGCAUGCCCUUUGAUCUAGCAAUACUACCAGAUUUUUAUCCCAAAGAGAUAAUAAGAAAAAAUACUUGUACAAAAGUAUUUAUUGCCAUGCUUUUUAUAGUAGUAAAAAAUUGGAAAAUUAGGGGUGUCCCUCAAUUGGGGAAUGGCUAAAGAAAUUGUGGUAUCUGAUGGUGAUGGAAUACUACUGUGCUGUAAGGACUGACGAUCUGGAGACUUUCCAUAUGAACUGGGAGAACCUCAAUGAACUGAUGCAAAGUGAAAUGAGCAGAACCAGAGGAAUAUUGUACACAGAAAGUAAAACAUUGUGGAAAAAUUCAGUGUUAUAGACCUUGCUACUAGUAGCAAUGCAACAAGCCAGGAUAUUCCUGAAGGACUUUUGUAAAAAAAUUCCAUCCACAUUGAGAGAACUACAGGAGUAGAAAUGCAAAAGAAAAACAUAUGACAUCACUUAUCACAUGUGUAUAUGGUAUGUGAUUUGGGGACUAGACUUUUAAAAAUUGCUCUAUAGUAAAAAUGCAUAAUAUGGAAAUAGGUAUCAAGUGACAACAUCUGUAGGACCCAGUGGAAUUGCUUGUUGGCUCUGGGAGCGAGGAUGGAAGUGGGGAGGAAAAGAAAAUGAAUCAUGUAAAUGUGGAAAAAUUUUCUAAAAAUUAAAUAAAAUUUUUUAAAAGUCUCUGCACUCAAGAAAUUUAUAAUAGUUAGGAAAAUAAUAGAUGAAAAAUUAAAUAAUGAAAAUGCCAUGAAGUAGUGUCUAAGUAUCACAUAAAUGGCAGAGAUAAUGAGUUCAGAUGGUUAUAAGGAUUUAAAUUAAUGUACAAUACUUCAAGCAUUAUUUUUAUAAAGUUUAUUAUCUUACAAAAUAGAACCAUGUGACUAAGUUUUUCUACCUGCUCAAAAAUCCCCACUCCACCAAAGCUGAGACAGGAAGGGAAAAGCCUGGGAGAGGGAACUACACCCAAUUUAUGUCCUGUCUAUAGAAAAUGAGUAGGGUGCUGGGAAUCGUAGUUUUGCUGGAGAUUAUAGUUUUUAAAGUAACAGAUUCUAAUUGCACACAGUGGGCAGGGAUAGUCAGGAAAGAUUUCAGGUGAGAGGUGAGGCUCUAACUGGGGAGUGAAAGAUUAGAGGACAAAGAUCUUCUGGACUUCCAAGAAUGGCAAUCAGCAUGGGGGGAAAUUGUCCUUAUCAACUUCAGAUGUAAUGAUUAUCACAAUGAUCUUUUUGCAAAUGCUUGCAUGAAAAAUGUGACAAUACUUGAUAAUCAAAUGUUCUAUGAAAUGAUGUCUCAUUUUGCCUUUGAAUAAAAGCAGCUGCACCAAC